CCGGUUGCCAGGACCUCAAAAACCAAAAGGUCAGCUGAAUAUCGAAUCUGCACAACUCAAACAAUUAACUCAAAGCGUAACAAGGAGACCCUGCAAACAUGAACAAGCUUCUAGGAGAUACUAUUAUCCGUGGUAAUGGGGAUGAGGUGGCUGUGAGUACUCUGGAGGGCGAGGGGAAGGUGGUAGCCCUCUACUUCUCUGCUCACUGGUGCCCACCCUGCAGGAGUUUCACUCCUCAGCUUGCCACGUGGUACAAAGGCUUCAAGAAGGGACCAAAUGGAGACAAGUUUGAGAUUGUUUUUGUCAGCUCUGAUAGAGACGAUGCAUCUUUUAAGGAGUAUUUCAACGAGAUGCCCUGGCUUGCCCUUCCCUUCGUGGAAAGAGAAAAGAAGGCUCAAUUGUCUACGCAGUUCAAGGUUUCUGGUAUCCCUACACUGGUGAUGUUGAAUGCUGCCAAUGGGAAGCUGAUAACAUCCGAUGGCCGCGCUAUCGUCACUGAUGACGCGGAGGGGAAAGACUUUCCGUGGACCCCCAAACCUUUCCUCGAGGUUGUUGAAGGGAAGUUCUAUAAAAAGAACGGGAAGGAAGUAGAGAAGGAUGUUGAAGGACUUGGUGAAUUCAUAAAGGAAAAGAUAAUUGGUCUCUACUUCUCAGCACAUUGGUGUGGGCCAUGCAGAGGCUUUACUCCUCAGCUAGUUAAGACCUAUAACAAGCUGAAAGAGGAUGGAAAGAAGUUUGAGAUCAUAUUCGUCAGCUCAGACAGGGACGAGGAUUCUUUCAUGGAGUACUAUGGCGAAAUGCCCUGGAUUAGUAUACCCCAUGGUGACCCCAGAAAGAAGACCCUUUCUAGAAUGUUUGAUGUUUCAGGCAUUCCAACUCUGGUGAUAUUGGACGAGAACAAGCAGACAAUCACCUCCAGUGGACGUGCUGCUAUAUCGAGUGACCCAGAAGGAAAGGAGUUUCCAUGGUACCCUAAACCAAUAAAUCAGCUCACUGGAGCGACAGCUGGGGACAUCAAUGACAGCCCUGCUCUCAUUUGGUUCAAUGACAAGAAAAGUGGCAAAGACUUGACGGAGGUUAUGAAGCCGGUUGCUGAUGAGUGGAUUAAGAAGUGGAAGGAUGCAGAGGAGACACAGGCAAUGGUGUUUUACGUGACUGGGAACGAUGUAGACGAUGACGAGGGAAUCGCUAACUCUCUGAAGCAGUUUGCCAGUAUCACUUCAAACACAGAACUGGCCAUUGUGGAUAUACCAACCCAGAAGGUGUAUGAGAGUAGCGAUACUGACGUGGACACUGGAAAAAUAAGAAGUUUUGUGGAGGGAUUUCUCAAUAAGACCCUCAAGGGAAGGGGGCUCAGACAUUGAUGAUUGAACAGAGACGAACUACAUAAUUAUUAUUGUACUGCAGUGUUAUAUAGUACAUUCCUUAUUGACUAUAAUUAUUAUAUGUUG